AUUACUUCCAGCCAUGCGGUUCCUACUACUCCUCCUACCCGCAUUGGCGCACGCGCGUCUCUCCAUCCACAUCGACGUAGCAUCGCGGGAGAGUGACGUCAGCGUCAGCUUGCUGGGUGAAGAUGAUCACGUCAUAGAUGAAGAUGAGACGAAGGAGUUCAGGCUAACUGAUGCGCCGCUUAAGGACGCUUGCUCCAGGUACUCCGGGCCACGGCCUACGGACGCCUACCUGCACUCCCCCACACCGUGGGGCGACCUCUACCAGAGCUACGGCUGGACCCAGGUCCACAGGAAGCUCAAGCCUUUGAAAGCCUCUAUCCUUGGUAUCCAUAGCGAGCCGGCGAUCAUAGGGACCCAGCGGUUCAGGAACAACGGGACCAAAACUGCCCAGUACAAAGCCGAGCUGACCCAAUCGGUUUCCAAUACCAUUAGCAACAGUUGGAACCUACAACACACCAUCCAUGUGGGACAGGACAUCUCGGUGGAAUUCGUCAUUCCUGUCGGCAAGAUUGGUGGAAAAACUACACUCUCUUACAACCACCAAUGGGGCAAAAGCGGCAGCGAUUCUCACACAGUAACUGUCGGGGCGAGUGCGGGCGUCACAGUUCCCGUCGAGCCUGGCGACACAGCCGAAGCCAUUAUGACCGCGUCCCGAGGCACCAUGGAGAUAGAAGUCAUAUACGAAGCCUCAGUAUACGGUGAUGUAGCUUUGAACUACGAGGGGGGCUGGAACGGACAUUAUUUCUGGAGAUACGACGUCAACGCUGUCAUGGCGGCGGGCGGUCUUCCCCGCACUUUGCAAGUUACGGAGAUACUUAAAGUCGGUUUUUACACUGAUGUCGAGAUUGUGUUGCAAGAGAAGACUGGUAAAAGACGUGUGCUUAUGGCGGAUAUCACGUUUUAA